ACCGCGCCCCGCGGGGCUGCUCCGCUGCCGGCUGCGGGCAGCGGGGCCCGACAGGAGCUGCCGCCGCCGCCUCCCCCGCCGUGGGGCGCGGAGCGGGCCCCGCCGCCGGCCGUGGAUUUCGGGGACACGCGGGAAGCGUUCCGCAGCAAGAGCAGCGCCGAGCUGCUGCGCGGGCUCGUGGUGCUGGGGCUCUGCGCUGUGGGGCCGCUGGUGGAGCACAACCGGGAGCUGCUGCGGCUGUGCCAGCGGGUGCUAGGGCAGGCGCUGUUCGAGCGGCUGAUGAAGAUGACCUUCUACGGGCAGUUCGUGGCCGGGGAGGACCAGGAGGCCAUCAAGCCGCUCAUCCGGCGGAACCUGGCGUUCGGCGUGGGCGCCGUGCUGGACUACAGCGUGGAGGAGGACCUGAGCGCCGAGGAGGCCGAGCGCCAGGAGCUGGACUCCUGCACCUCUGCAGCCGAGAAGGAGAUGGGAGGAGCAGAGCAAAGGGAGAAGCAAUACCGAGCGCACCCGGGAUUUGGGGACCGCCGUGGUGGGGUCAUCAGCGCCCGCACUUAUUUCUAUGCUGAUGAGGCCAAGUGUGACCAGCACAUGGAGACCUUCCUCCGCUGCAUCGAUGCCUCAAGUGGCAGCUCUGAGGACGGCUUCUCAGCCAUCAAGCUGACGGCACUGGGCAGACCUCAGUUCCUGCUGCAGUUCUCAGAGGUGCUGGUCAAGUGGCGGAGGUUCUUCCAUCAGAUGGCAGCGGAGCAGGGCCAGGCCGGGCGGGCAGCACUGGAGAUGCGCCUGGAGGCAGAGAAGCUGCGGGAGUCCCUGGCCAACCUCGGCAUCGCAACCAAGGCAGAGACCCAGCGCUGGUUCACAGGAGAGAACCUGGGCAUAAGCGGCACCGUGGACCUGCUGGACUGGAACAGCCUGAUUGACAGCCGCACCAAGCUCUCCAAGCUGCUGCUUGUGCCCAACAUGCAGACUGGGCAGCUUGAGCCUCUGCUCUCACGCUUCACUGAAGAGGAGGAUCUGCAGAUGAAGAGGAUGCUGCAGCGGAUGGAUGUCCUUGCCAAGAGAGCCACCGAGACGGGCGUGAGGCUGAUGGUGGACGCAGAGCAGAGCUACUUCCAGCCCGCCAUCAGCCGCCUCACCCUGGAGAUGCAGCGCCGCUUCAACAGGGAGCGGGCCAUCAUCUUCAACACCUACCAGUGCUACCUGAAGGAGGCUUAUGACAACGUGACGGUGGACGUGGAGCUGUCGCGCCGGGAGGGCUGGCACUUCGGCACCAAGCUGGUCCGUGGUGCCUACAUGGAGCAAGAGCGGGAGCGGGCGGCCCAGAUCGGCUACGAGGAUCCCAUCAACCCCACCUAUGAGAAGACCAAUGAGAUGUACCACAGGUGCCUGGACUAUAUCCUGGAGGAGAUCAAGCACAGCCGGAAAGCCAAUGUGAUGGUGGCAUCUCACAAUGAGGACACAGUGAAGUUCACCCUGCGCAGGAUGAUGGAGCUUGGCAUCCACCCCUUGGAGAAGAAGGUGUACUUCGGGCAGCUACUGGGCAUGUGCGACCAGAUCACCUUCCCCCUAGGUCAGGCUGGCUUCCCUGUCUACAAGUAUGUGCCCUACGGGCCGGUGCAGGAGGUGCUGCCCUACCUGUCCCGCCGGGCCCAGGAAAACCGGGGCUUCAUGGAGCGGGCGAACCGGGAGCGGAACCUUCUCUGGAGGGAGAUCAAGCGGCGGCUCCUUGCUGGCACCUUCUUUAGCUCCAGCCACUAACCCCACCUGUGCCUCCAGCCCACCACCUCUUGUGCCUUCACCUAUGACCACUGCUGCUCUGCCCUGU